UUCCCUCUUGCACAUUUCCUCCCUCAUCAUUCUCUCUUCUUCUCAUACGUUCUCUUCAGUCAUCCGAAGCAUUAACGCGGACACACAGAGAGGAACAGAGCCUCUUUCAAUGGCUACAAAAGUCUAUGUUGUUUACUAUUCUAUGUAUGGACAUGUUGCAAAACUAGCUGAAGAGAUAAAGCAAGGCGCUGCUUCGGUGGAAGGAGUGGAAGUCAAGCUGUGGCAGGUACCAGAAACACUAUCAGAAGAGGUUCUUGGGAAAAUGGGUGCACCACCAAAGAGUGAUGUGCCUAUCAUUACUCCCAGUGAGCUAGCUGAGGCAGAUGGGGUUCUUUUUGGCUUCCCUACUAGAUUUGGAAUGAUGGCUGCACAGUUCAAGGCAUUUAUGGAUGCAACAGGAGGCUUAUGGAGAACACAAGCACUUGCAGGCAAGCCUGCAGGAAUUUUCUACAGCACUGGCUCUCAGGGAGGUGGACAGGAGACCACUCCGUUGACUGCCAUCACGCAGCUUGUUCACCAUGGAAUGAUCUUUGUGCCCAUAGGAUAUACAUUUGGAGCCGGCAUGUUUGAGAUGGAGAAGGUGAAGGGUGGCAGCCCUUAUGGUUCAGGAACCUACGCUGGGGAUGGUUCCAGACAGCCUUCUGAGCUAGAGCUUGAGCAAGCUUUCCACCAUGGAAAAUACUUUGCUGGCAUUGCAAAGAAAUUCAAGGCAACUGCUUGAUUUUCUGUCUCAUCCAACUUAUCUUCAUCUUGCCAUAUGUAACCUUAAAAAUUCUAUUCCAUUCCUAAAAAGGAAUUCAGUUCAUGUUCUUGUGAAGAAUAAUAUUCCCUAUUGAAAAUAGGCAGACUAAUGCUUAAAUUUUAUUACCUA